AUGGCAGAGGAAGCUCGUUUGUUAAGGUUGUCGUUGAUGGAGAGAAGCAUCACGGAUGAAGUGCUCUACGACAGGUACCGGUACCUGGACCUGCACUCCCAUCUCCAGCAUCUCCACGGCCACGAGCUCAAAAGUGCCGGUGCUUGUAACCGCGCCCUCUGGCUCCGGUCCGAUGCAGUCACCAUACAAGUACCUACUACUACAGCCCAUGGAUCAGGGACUGACUGGUGGAUGGUGCAAGUAUCAUGGCCCGGAGGUGGUGGCCUCUGCAAGGAUGGCACAGGCUUUGGCUGUAUUCCUGCAACUUAUAUACUAAUGCUAAUUCUAAUAGAAUUUAAAGCUAUAAGCUAUACUAGCCUAUAA